AUGCCAAAUUAUGUGUGUCUGAGUUUUGCCAUUCCCACCUACGUCACCAGAUCUCAACAUCUGGGAUGCUAUACAACGGACUAUGGACGACAAGAAUCCUACACUUUGGAAUACAACAGAAUUGUGGACUUUCCUGCAAAAAGCAUGGUGUUCAUUGCUUACGGAAUAUUUCGUAUUAUUAGGCUGGUGUACCAGUUUUUCUGGCACGUGUACAUGGAGUUCAACAGGGUUGUGGGCAAGAACCUCAAGCAAGAGUUCUAUGAAAGCAUUGAUCAGCACAGUCUUCGUCUCAUUGAGAUAUUUCAAUCUAAGAGAGGCAACAUUGGGCAGCUUUUGUCACAGCUAUCACAGCAGACUAAGACCAAAGAGCCAACUGACAUUCGGACACUGGUGCUCAGAGGGCUUCCUAUUGUCCUUGGGGACAGUCCCGCAGACUUCUACAAAGAAUGCUCUGACUCUGAUGACUCAUUCGGCUACCUUGACGUUGCUUUGCUCUCCCCAUCCCCCCACCUCAGUCCAGCCUCUCUAAAGAUCAUCAUUGAGGGAGAAGUUGUGAUGGACAACAUUCAAGACCUGCCAAAAGCUAUGUGCAUUCUGUUUGGACUUACUUACGCCCUGCAUCUCAACUAUCACAAAUCAAUGAGGAACACAUUCCAGUUCAUCCAACAGGUUCUCCUUUCACUGGGCCACAAUGAACUAAAACCCAGAUUACAAACUCUGAAAAACCAGCUUGCACUGUAAGUAAUUGCUAUGGCAAGGUUAAUGUGAGAAGGCAUGGCUGCUUGUUUUUCCAGUGACUUUUUCCCCACUACAGCCUUGUGUCUCUGUAUUCAUUGUUAUUGUCCAUUCUUUGACACCAAUAGCACCAACAAACCUUGAAAGUUUGCUAAAAUACAAUACAAAUGUCCUUUUGUCACAAGUGAUAAAAAAGGAAAUGUUAAACAGUUUUGUUAGAUUUUGUAUUAUGUGAGAACUGAUUGAAGUUUGUUGUGGGAUGGGAAUGUCCAGCCACUUGUGUUCUACAGUUCAGGAUGUAGACAUAUUUUCUCAGGACUGCAUAUUAUUGUUCAGUUGACUAGAUAAACUUAACACAGUUCAUCAGUCAAGUUGAUGUUUUAACAGCUUGUAUCAAGUUUUAAUGUAUGUUUUAAAGUGUCCAUAUUGUUAAAUGCUGUGCAUACGGGUUCUCAAAACAAACAA